AUGGCCCAUUCAGAUUCAGACUCGUCCACGAUGCGUCCAAAUCCAAAGCAACUGGUCGACUUCUUCUCUCGCUCGCUCACGUCCUUUCACUCAUCGCCGGAUGUCUUUCGCAUCCUCUGCACGCUGCCACAUGCCGGCGCGGAGCCGGUCUCGCGGCCGGCAUCGGGAGUGCGCAGGUUAGUGGUUUUGGAUUCAAGUUUUAAUCCGCCGACGAGGGCGCAUGCGGAGAUGGCGAGGUCUGCGCUGAAGUGGGCUUCUUCGUCGUCGUCAUACUCGGAGGGCGCUUCUUUUUCUUCUUCGUCGCACUCGGAUGGGACGAGGCUGAUGCUGUUGCUGAGCGUAAACAACGCGGACAAGGCACCCAAGCCGGCGAGUUUCCCGGUGCGGCUGGGGAUGAUGGAGGGGUUCGGGCGGGAUCUGCUGGGGAGUCUGGGGGAUGUCGGGACGGAGAUUGACCUGGCGGUUACGACGAUGCCGUAUUUCCACGACAAGGCGAGGGUGAUAAGCGAGAGCUGGAUGUAUUCUUCUUCUUCGGAGGGGCGGGAGCCGGAACAAGUGUUUCUGGCGGGGUUUGAUACUGUGAUUCGGAUAUUCAAUCCAAAGUACUAUGGGGACGGGGGCAUGAGGGCGGCGCUGGGGCCGUUUUUUGAGAGGGCGAGGUUGAGGGUGACGAUGAGGACGGAUGAUGAGUGGGGAGGAGAGGAGGAGCAGAGGGAGUAUGUGAGGGGGUUGGGAGAGGGGAGGUUGGACGAUGUUGGGGGGGAUGUUGCGUGGGCUGGGAGGGUUGAUUUGGUGGAGGGGAGGGGGGAUGGGGUGAGUAGUUCGAAGGUGAGGGAUAUGGUGAAGAGAGGGGAGAAGGAGGGGCUGGAGAGGUUGGUUGAUGGGGAGGUGAUGGGUUGGAUUGAGGGAGAGGGGUUGUAUAGGGAAUAG